AAGCCCCCAAAAAAACCCUAGUCUCCAUUACCCUCUCUAAAUCUUAUCUGGUCCCUGUAACCAAAAAUGCCUUCAAUCCCUGAAGAACCCCUUUUGGCCCCAAACGCAGAUCGAUUCUGUAUGUUCCCAAUCCAGUACCCUCAAAUCUGGGAAAUGUACAAGAAAGCCGAAGCCUCCUUCUGGACCGCAGAAGAAGUCGACCUCUCCCAAGAUCUCCGUCACUGGAAUGAUACACUAACCGCAGACGAGAAACAUUUCAUCACUCAUGUUCUCGCCUUCUUCGCUGCCUCAGACGGAAUAGUCCUUGAAAACCUUGCCGGUCGGUUCAUGAAGGAAGUCCAAGUCGCUGAAGCUCGUGCUUUCUACGGGUUUCAGAUCGCAAUCGAAAACAUCCAUUCCGAAAUGUACAGUCUCUUACUUGAAACCUACAUCAAGGAUUCUUCAGAGAAAGAUCACUUGUUUCGCGCAAUUGAAACCAUUCCUUGCGUGAAGAAGAAAGCCGAGUGGGCUCUCCGGUGGAUCGACGGCUCAGAAUCAUUUGCAGAGCGUAUAAUAGCCUUUGCUUGUGUUGAAGGGAUCUUCUUCUCGGGGAGCUUCUGUGCGAUCUUUUGGCUCAAGAAACGAGGGUUGAUGCCCGGCUUGACCUUCUCCAACGAGUUGAUCUCGAGAGACGAAGGAUUACAUUGUGACUUCGCGUGUUUACUCUAUGGGUUAUUGAAGCAGAGACCGAGUGAGGAGCGAGUCAAGGGAAUCGUCGCUGACGCGGUGGCCAUCGAAAGAGAGUUUGUUUGUGACGCGCUGCCGUGCGCGUUGGUGGGUAUGAAUGGAGAUCUCAUGAGUCAGUAUAUUGAGUUUGUUGCUGAUCGGCUGCUUGGCGCUCUAGGAUAUGGGAAGGUCUACAAUGUUCAGAAUCCAUUUGAUUGGAUGGAGUUGAUCUCAUUGCAAGGGAAAACUAACUUUUUUGAGAAGAGGGUUGGUGAUUAUCAGAAAGCUUCUGUUAUGUCGAGUUUGAAUGGGAAUGGUGGUGGGUCCCAUGUGUUCAAGAUGGAUGAGGAUUUCUGAUCUAACGGUCCUGAUUCUAUGGUAUUUCCUUUUUUUAUAUUU